GCCUAAUUCGCAUACUUGGCAUACUUAAAUUCACUGUAAAGGUUUAUGGAUUAAUCGCUGCAUACGCCCCUACCUGCAACUUCAGGCCUGACUUUCUGCAAAUUUGGCUGAAACAAUCAGUCUUUAACUUUUAUCGUGCUUUUGUCUUUAGUUUACUGGCGGCGUGUCACCUAAAAGUAACCAUAAGGGGAUACUAGCCCGCUUCUUUCGCUAGGCCAUCUCGAGCAACGCCGGCAUGUCUGCUAUGCACAGUGACCUAGACCGUUGGAUAGAGAAAGUUAGGAAAUGCGAGCAUCUCGCGGAGGAGGAGCUUAAAACGCUGUGCGACUACGUCAAGGAGAUCCUAGUCGAGGAGUCUAACGUGCAGCCAGUCAACGCACCGGUGACUGUGUGUGGAGACAUUCAUGGGCAGUUUCACGACCUGCUGCGGUUGUUCGAAACGGGAGGCGAGGUGCCCAACACCAACUACAUUUUCAUGGGUGAUUUCGUCGACCGGGGGUACAACAGCCUGGAGGUCUUCACCAUGCUUAUGCUAUUAAAGGCUCGUUACCCCGCCAACAUAACGCUGCUCCGGGGCAACCAUGAAAGCCGACAAAUCACCCAGGUGUAUGGCUUCUACGAUGAGUGCCAGCGCAAGUACGGAAACGCGAACGCGUGGCGGUAUUGCACCGAAGUCUUUGACUUCCUCACUCUCUCGGCGCUCAUCGACAGCAAGGUGCUGUGCGUGCACGGCGGUCUAUCCCCCGACAUCCGCACCCUCGACCAAAUCCGCACGAUCGACCGCGUGUGUGAGAUUCCACACGAAGGGCCGUUCUGUGACCUCAUGUGGUCGGACCCGGAGGACAUCGAGACAUGGGCCAUCAGCCCGCGUGGUGCCGGCUGGCUGUUUGGCAGCAAGGUGACGGCGGAGUUCAACCAAAUCAAUGGCCUGGAGCUCAUAUGCCGCGCGCACCAGCUCGUGCAAGAGGGGCUGAAGUACAUGUUCCCUGACCGGUCGCUCGUGACGGUGUGGUCAGCGCCCAACUACUGCUACCGUUGCGGCAACGUUGCCUCCAUCCUGAUCUUCGAUGACAAGCUUAACCGGGACGUGCGGUACUUCACGGAAACGCAGGAAAACAGCAACAUGAUGGCGCCGCGUGCCACCGCACGGUACUUCUGGUAGAUGCACGCAGGAUGGGGGGUAGCAAGUAGGUCAGGAAGGCUAGGUUGUGUUAAGGGUGGCGAAAGGGGAUAAUAACAUCAACGCAUGAGAGCGAGCGGCAGCGCUUUUGCAUUGCUGGAGUGUGACCUUCAACCUCUGCACCAUGCGUGCCUUUUGAGGGUGUCAGAAAUGUGAGACUAUUACUUUCAGUUGGCUGUGUAACCUGUUUGUGCAGCUUUGAGUGUCAGCUUCUUGCAUGAUGUAGCUGGCAGGUUACGCAAACGGCGGGGCAUGAGCAGCAAGGGAAGAUGCGUCAGGGUGCUGGUCAGUAGAUUGCCGCACGGGUUUGGGUAUGUUGUGUAGCCGUAGACUGUAACCUCCGUCGCGUGCACAUAAGUAGCGUGUAUGGUAAGGGGAUGGAAAGGGUGAGGUCGCAAUGUCACUGAACUGGACUGCCGGCGUGCGACACCGGCCUGUGUUUGGUCGUUGGUCUUCGGACGUUCGGUUUUGACUGAUGCCGCCUCAAAGCCACGCAUGUUGUGUCUGUUAGCACAUGAUAAUUCCAAGUAGCCUGUUGCCGUGUAUAAUCCAUGGCUUUCCGGCAUGCACGACUUACCCAUUGUUGUCGGUUUGUACUGAUAUGGGUGUGUGUCGUUGGCUUCGGCAUCUGCUAGCACAUAGGCUUGCGGUGGUGGUACGACAGUCGUUGGGGGCGGCCUUGUGCCAGGUUGUGGUAAAGGGUUUGGCUUUGCGCAGCUGGAGUGCGUGUAUAGCUUGCAGCUCGUUCACGGAAUGGGGAGUAGGUGCGUCCCUAUCCUAUUCGAUAUCGGCGCAUUGUUGGAUCCAAUGUUACUAAUGCUGGUCGAAUUUAUGUCAAUAAUGUGCACCCUUUUUCCCUCCUUACUGCGUACACUUCCUGUUGCGUAAUGCAGCUCCUUACACUAGGUCAAAGCCCCAAACGGCGUUAUCCUGAUGGCCUUCAUUGCAAGACGUCUCGUGUCCACAAACAAGAGGAGGUACCAGCAGGAUGGUUACGAUUUGGACCUAUCGUAUAUUACGCCACGUAUCAUCGCUAUGGGCUUCCCGUGUGACCAUGGCGUGUCACGUCUGUACCGCAACCCAGCUGACCAAGUUGUACGGCUGCUGGAGGAACGCCACAGCGGCCGCUACAAGCUGUAUAACCUGUGUAUCGAGCGCGGCUACGAUACUGCGGCGUUUGGUGGGCGGGUGAUGCGGCUGCCCAUGUACGACGGGCAGGCUCCACCACUGCACCUGCUGCUGGAGCUGUGUCGCGACGCCGCCGCCUGGCUAGCCGCGCACCCCGAGCAUGUGGUGGCUGUGCACUGCAAGGCCGGCAAGGGGCGCACGGGCGUGGCGGUGUGUGCGCUGCUGCUUGCGCUGGAUCCCCAGCUGGGCGCAGCCUCCCUGGAAUGCACCCUAGCUCUUUGGGCCCAGCAGCGCACACGGGAUGGCAAGGGCCUCACCAUUCCCAGCCAGCGACGAUUUGUCGAGUACUUCCACCGUCUGCUCCUGUCCACACUGCAGGGCGCACCUGCUGCUGCAUCCACCGCGACGACCGCGCACGAUGACGACAAUGCGGCAGCCACAGCAGCAGCCAGGGCACUGGAGCAGUCACCGCAACCUACCCAGACUCCAUGUGCGGCCAACCCAGCGUCAUGCUCACCACCCCACCCCACAAACAACAGCCCCGGCGGUGGCCCCCAUGCGCUCCGGCUUGCACAGAUACCCCAUCGCGCAGUCCGGUUGCUUCGGUUGCGCUUUCGUGGCUUGCCGACGUCACUGCUUCAGAACUGCACCGCGAGUGUUUGGUGGCGACCCACGGGCCACUACGAGGCGCACACAGUCUGCCAUGUACUUACGCGUACGGCAGGAGCAGGCUGCUUAUCAGCAAAGCGGGACACCUCCUCCAGCGCUGCGGAGGCAUUUGCUGACCCAUGGGUCAUCCAGCCCUACACAGACAGCGCCAACCAGACAUCAUCCUCCGUAGAGCUAGUUAUGGAGCUAACCCGCCUGCCGCCGCUGCCGCCGCCCCCACCGCCAUCGCCACUUCCGUACAUCACCCUACCGCAGCCGUCCCUGCCGCCGCUGACGGCAAUGCAUGCAGGUGCUGCUGCGCCUGCGCCCAUUCCCUGCACUGCCCAGGCGGCUUACGGGGCCUCCCAGGGUGCUUGUGAGGGGGGAGCCUCAGCACCACCACCGCCUCAAGAGCCGCGAAAGGACUCCGGGGGAAGCGAGGCGUGUCAGAAGGGCGAUCGCAUGGGGGGCCCCAUCGUGGAGGGCGAUAUCAAGGUGCAACUCUUCCGCGGACAGGUCCCAGGCGCUACGGCCGAUGUGUACAAGGGCCGCGUCACGCAGUUCAGCGCCUGGGUCAACACGGCCUUCUUGGACCCACGGGUCGGUACACUGGAGCUGGGUCGCACGCAACUCGACAAGCUGAGCAAGCCGCUGCGGCGGUGGCGGGGAGCGGUGGGCCUGGUGGUGGAGUAUGAGUGCGUAUGAGGCUAGAGUGGGCGGAGGUGCAGGGGUGCAUGCAUCCUUGCAAGCUAGGAUAUGCCUUAUCUGGAAACAGGGAUUUGGGUUUCUUGGUGCUUCAUACUUCGAGCUAGUGCUUAGUGUUGCCGCUGGUGGUGGGGUGGGAGCCUGGAGCGGUGUGGGCUUGCGGAACACCGUCGGGGUUUUUGUGCAUGCAUGCAGUUUUUGUACCCGUACCCUUGGUACUUGGGUUCGGGAUGGCGUGGACAAGCCAUAUGUGCACACGUGUACAUGCAUGCAUGCAUGGAUGAUUACGUUAUUCUGCGAGGGCCCUACGAAGAGGCCAGCGGGUGUCCCGGGGUGGAGGGCGCUCACGGCAGUGUGUUGUUGCCCAAUGUUAAGACCCUGGUGCAUCAAAUUGUUAAGACCCUGGUGCAUCAAAUCGGGUGACAAACGCGUAUCGGUGUUGGUGUUGGUGGAGGAUCUGGACUUGGCGGUGAAGGCAGUCGAGGAGAUGGACUGGGCGGGUACCGUUAAGGGUCUUGGCUCAAGUUGAGGCGGCCGGCGUUCGGCGGCAGACCCUUGCUGGCUAUGAGAACACCGGCAGCGGUGGAUCAUUGCAGCGAAGCCCUUCUCCUUCACAGUUGUACUAGACCCUUGCUAAACGUGGGAUUGCAGCACCUGGCAGAUUUGGCGACUGUUCCGGCCGGACUCGCAGGUUGCGGUACGGUCGGGCGAUGGGACUCAGUACGUGCAGCAAACGCACGAGAAUUAUCUUAGGCAUCAUAGGCUCCCUUCAACUCAAGCUGGAAAUUACGCCAAUACGGAAAUAGCUGAAUAGCUGACCUGUUGUCGACAUUGGUAAUAGCGCACCGACGUUCGCCGACCCAUGGCUCUUUCUUAGAAGGUCUUGGAAGCUCAAUUUCCGUCGUUGCCGCAAUUAUAAUGCCGGGCUUAAAUAUGUCCUUCAAGGCCUGUCCCAGCGUACAAGCGCGUGGCCGGUGCCAUAGCAUUUCUGUGCAUGCACGCUUCGGCCGCGAUUCUGGCCUGAUCCUAGGCCCUGGAGGCAAUGAUGGCAGCAACAAUUUCCAGCGCGCUAAAGAAGCGCGGCUAAUUAUCCCGGGGCAGCAGCGCCCUGCGCCUGGUGGUGGUCGGCCCCAGCGCAUUCUGUCGCCCGAUAAGCAGCAAGGGGCGCGGCCCGGUGGCGAGGGCAGCUUCUUACCAGAUGAAAGUUCGCUUGGCCUGGUGUCGAAUCAGGCCCUUCCUGGCGGUCCGCCCAUGUUAAACAAGUACCGACCACCAGCGGGCUUCAUGAACGAGACGCUGCCAGACGACUCCACGGCCAACACGGAUCCUCAGGAAAUGCUAAACAAAUUGCGCUCUCGUGCUGGUCACUGGCACGACCUGGCCAAAUUCAUUCCAGCCCUCAAUUCCAAAGGCUACAGCGCAGCUGUUAUUGAUGAACUGACUGGCAUCACGCCAGCGGAACAGAACAAAUGGGUCGUCUCAGGGACUGUCUACGAAUCCGUUAAAGCAUCACCGGCAGUCCCGCGCGAGGUCCUGAGCCGCUUCGAUGGCGCGGGCGUCGAUUUGCUCUACCCCUUCCGCUUUCUAAGCGCCGAGCGCCGAGUAGCCGCAGCUCAGUACAUCGUCGCGCAGAACUUAGAUGCCGCGAUGUGCGAGGUGCUGGCUCGCGCCAUGAAGGAGUUCGAGCGGCGGCCUCAGGAGCGGGCGGGAUUCAGCGAGGCGCCCGGGGACUGCCUGGCCUUCAAGUACCUGAGAGAUGCUCUGGAGUGCCGCAAGCGCGAGGAUGCGGUGCUGCGUGUGGACCAGGGGCUGGCGGUGGCGGUGACGGAGGAGGCGCGGCAGCGGCUGCAGUUGGAGCUGCUGGCAGAGGAAGGGGAGGCGGGCGAGGGCGGCACCGCAGCUGGGGGCGGCACCGGCGCCGUUGGUGCUGCUGCUGCGGGCAGUCCUGCGCCGCUGGUGCUGCUGCGUCUGAAUCCGGACGAGCUGGGGGUGCGGCCGGUGUGCGUGGUGGGGGAGCUGGGGCAGGCGCAGCCCGAGGACCUCCUCGCCGCCCCUCGCACCACCCAGAGUGGCGCAUUCGGCAUCUUCUGCCUGGAAACCCAGCAGCAGCAGCAGCAGCAGCCCGAGCAGCAGCAGCAGCACGAAGAAGAAGCACCCCGGGAGCACACAGCAACCCCCUCCACCACCACACAGCCCUCCUCCUCCUCCUCCGCCUCUUCCCCCCCUCGUUCCUGGUCCUGGGUGGCGCUGCCUGCCUGGCGCGCGCUGGCCAUGUCCCGCCACCCGCUGGCGCUCACGCUGCGGGACUGCGCGGCGGUGCAGGCUGUGCUGGCGGGGUCGAGGGCCAAGACGGAUGACGACAAGCGGCGGCUGCAGGGCCCGGGAAUCCUGGUGGUGGAUAAGGCCCCCGCCACGUUUGAGACGCUGGACGAGUCGGCAUGGUACCUGGGCGUGCCUGAGGGCGCCCGGGCGCUGCAGAUGGUGCAGGGCAGGCAGGCGGCGGCGCUGGCGACCCGCGGGUCACUGUUCGCAUCGGUGCUGUUCCUGGCCCGGCCGCCGGUCAUGGAGGUAGCGGAUCGUGGUACGGAUUUGCUGCAGCUGUGAGGAAAUGGGAGGGUUGUGAGGAAGAAGUCGGGAGGAGAGUUCUGAAGGACGUGAACGUGGUGGUGAGGGAGAUAGUGACGAGGUGUGUAUUGCAGAAAUGCCUUUUUGUCCGGGGACAGGCAAUGGGUGGUAUUGGAACCACAAGCAGGUGUUCCACCAUAACAGCAUGUGGGUCGGAUGCGAUCUGUUUACACAGGUAUAUUAUCGUAUUGCAGGCAUGGCAUGUACGGUGCGGUUCUUAGAGGGCUUUUGAGUUAAGUGUGUUUUCCGCUGAUUAGCGUCGAUCUGCAUUUCCUUUUACAGCAUGCAGGUUCGUGUAACCGGUGGUGAAGGGCGCUACGUUAGCGGUAUAUCCCUGGCAAGGGGUGUAUGCAAGUUUUGGAAGGAGUUCAAACAAACUCCCGGAAGCACAUAUACUGGUAGAUUACCCCGCAAUUUUGUCAGGGCAGAGUGGGGUGUGUGCUUAUAGCCGCAGGUUUGAGAGGUAUGGUGUGUUGCUCGACUGAAGUCUCUGUUGAGUGCUAGAUAGAUGCGCAUGGCUGUUGGAUUCACAAGGCGGUUGUGAGUUGCUUGGAAAUUGUCAUUCGUUGCCGUACAUUGCUUUGGUUGGUUGUUACAGAGUCAGUUGCAGUGGGGUAUGGGCCCGACUGAAGUCUGACGGGUCUUCUUCAGUCUGCAACCACUUGAAGCGGGCAAUCAAUGUCCGUAUGUAGCCAAGCUUCACCCAA